AUGUCGCGAGAGCGCAGUCGAACACCUGCACAGGAAGCGAUCCUGGUGCGGGUGUGCAGCAUUUCGGGAUGCUGCGUCUUGGAGCGUCACUUUGAUCCACUCCAGUCCCUUGAAGCCGUGAAGUCCGCGCUGCGGGAGCAGGAGUUGAACCUCCUGCAGCUGCGGCUUUUUCAAGAUGCCAAAGAGUUAAAGGAGGACUGCUGCCUGCAAGCGUUGUGCGAGCGAGGCGCGCGGCUUCAGCUCACCUUGGUGAAGGUCACGGCAGCUUUGGCCGUCACGGCUCAUUACAAUGGAUCUUUGCAGCUCUGGGACUUGGACGGCCGGUGCCUUCGCACCAUGGGGUCGUCAGGUCCAGGCGAAGCCAAAGAGCUUCAAGUCACCGGUUUGGAGGUCGAUUGGUCCACCCGUCGAGCCUUAACAGGUGACCUCUACCAUGAGGUGCGAUUGUGGAACUUGGAGGAGGGGCGGUGUGUGCAUCGUAUGCCUGGCCAUGGCGACAUGAUCCGUGGAGUGGCAGUGGACUGGAGCAAAGACCUGGCUGUCACCCACGACGCCGCGGGCGUGUGGAUUUGCUGGGACCUUCAGAGCGGAGAGCAAAUGUACCAGCGUUUGGCACAUCAAGGUGGUGUUCAUGAUGUGGAGGCCGACUGGGAAAGGCUUCGCUUCGUCACCAUGGGUGGCGAUGCCAUUAAGACCUGGGUAAAGGGCCAGGAGCUUUGGUCCCACUCUUUGCACGGAAUCUCCAGUCUCGAACAUCUCGUGGAUUGCGGUUUGGAAGCCGACUGGGACACGGACCGUUUAGCAGCUUGCUGGAGCAUGGCGGUGCAUCUCUGGAACCUGGCCACCGGACAACUACUGUGGGUCUUUCGUCACCACCUAGAUGAUAUUUCAGGCUUCUGUGUGAACUGGGAGAAGCAGCAGAGUGCCUCUUGGGGAGAAGAUGGAUUGCUCCUUCUUUGGGACCUUGAAACUGGGAAACUGCUCGAGAAGAUGCCGCAUCAGCAGGCGAUCACCGAGACCACCUGUCAUUGGGAAGGUUCCCUCCGGUGUUUGAGCUCUAGCGAGUCGGUGCUUUGGCUCUGGCAGGAUGAAGGUGCCGGACAUCGCGUGGGUCAUAUGCUCACGGGGCACCGGGAUCACAUUUGCAAGGCUGAGGCCUGUUGGGAUCAAGACCGGGCCUUGAGCUGGAGUGACGAUGCCACCUUGCGGCUUUGGGACUUGAAGGCUUUGCAAUGCUUGUUGCUCCUGUCGGGUCACGUGGGCCCCGUGUGGGGCGCGCAUGUGAAUUGGGAGAGUGCGCAAGUGCUGAGCUACAGUUUUGCCCAGAAAAUGCUGCUGUUGUGGAAUCUUCAAGAUGGCAGCAAGCGGGAGAUAUCCCUUGAGGAGGAGGUCAAACAUUCAUCCACUCCAGCUUGGAAUGGCGGUUGGAACGGCGGUGCUGAAGUGGAUUGGGAGAGUCGACGGGCAGUGGCCUGGUGUCUCCGCGAGGCGGUCUUGCACGCCAUCGACCUGCGUUCGGCUGUCCCCCGCCCAAUCUUUCUUCGGUGCUGCAGCCAAGGUCAGUUUGUUGACUCCUUUGUGCUCGGCUGCCGCACGAUGUCGGUACAGACGGAAAGAACAGAUUGUGUCCUGCGCAAAGUUGGAGACCUCUGA